CGAGAAAGAGGCAAGCCUGUGCCGUCGUCCAGACGGCCCCCCAUGUUACCUAAAUGUAGCGUAGCCUUAUAACUUACCUACCGGUAUAACUCUCCUGAAGACUCUCCUCGGCUCACCAUGCCAAACUGGCAGCUUGGGCCUUGGCUUCAGUCUCCACUGUCAGAUCGGGUUGCCAUUGUUUCGCGCCUUCCCCUCCUGCAGGGGCGCACGGAAUCCUUGGUUAGAGAGUUGGGUUAGAUGUCUGGUUAGUAGUGUACCUUUCUUUCAAGGCUUUCUGCCCCUCACAAAUCAGCUGAGGAGCCGAGUAAGUGUACUCCUCAGGAUAAUCCGUUUUCCAUAAAGCCAUUGUUUCGCGCAAGCUAGCUAGCGAAAUGGUGUAGGACCAAGUGUUUAAAUAGACCUUUCAGGGCUAAUUGCUGUUGCUGCAGUGCUGCUGUUGCUGGAGCCUGUGUGAUGCUCCUCUCGUGCUGCUAUAGUCAAGUCCAUCAGCAACUUUGGCACGCUGCGAAGUGAAUGAUCAGCAGAAUGAGGUAUGAUUAAGAGAUCAGCAGGCAGGCGAGAACAGGGUAGCAGUCCCUGUACAGGACACCUUCUUCCUAGCAGGGGAACGUGGGAACGUAAUUUGCCACUAUGACGUCUUCAAGUGCAAUUGUGCGGCAGGGAUUGAGGAUGGGUCCACUUUCAGUGGUGGCAGUGAACAAUGAUUCUGACAAGCAGGGUUUGCCUGCACGGUCCGUACCAUCACCAGGGCAAACGAAACUACGAGACGAGUCGCAUGCGGUUACCAACAAAAAGCAUGGAGAAACUGUGAUUGAAAACGUUACUUGGAGGCAGUUCUCGAACCUGGAGGGGAACCUGAAGAAAAGCAUCAGGGGCUUGGACCGUAGGCUAGACGAUCUUACUGGGUCGUUGGCCGGACCGGGGCUAGAGGCGCAGAUUGCCGAGAAUUAUGGAUUGGUGUUUCAGGAGUUCAUCGGCCUACAGUCACGCUAUGUUCCGAAAGACGAGCGUCGGAAAGAUGCGGAGUGGGCGGCUGAGUACGGGGUCAUUACAAAAUCGGAAGCAGCAGAAGCUCUGAGGAUUGACAUUGUUGUCGAUUGUGGGAAGCAGAGUGGGAAGCCGGGGCUGUCGGAGUUUUUGAUUGGGGAGAUUAGUAUACGGAUCGGCAUGAAAGAUGCAACACGAGCUGUCCGGCGCGCUGAGCUAUGGGAGAAGGUGUACGGGAAGUUGAAUGUAAAAUGUCGACCGGCGGUUCUAGGGAAGAAGGUCUCGAGAGAAGUGAGAAAAGGGAUCGAAGAGAAAGGGGUUCUUGUAAUUCUUCUGGAAGAUUGAAGUAGGGUCUUGUGACACGAAUUGUAAAUAUGGACCAUGAAGAGUGGAUAUAUCAGCUGGCCCAAUAGAGCAUUUACCACAGAUGCGAAGUGCGGACAAAUAUUAUACAGAAGAUGGAGGCUUUGGAACUCACACUAACAUCUAGCUAUGGAACUUCAGUGAAGCCGAUCGUACAUGCUUGAUCGAAGGAGGGCAUGGUGUCAAAUUCGGAAUGCUGCAAGUAGCUUGAUUUAGAGUCAAGGGCCUUAGAAGAAGUUCAACUUGGUAUUAAACUCAAAGAAGCUGCAACAUGAUAGUCCAAAUCAUCCACAUGACAUGAGCCUUGUUCUGCUUGAAAUCAGGCUCCAUUGAAUAGCGU